CUGCGGGAAGGCACCACAGCUGUCAUCGGCCCCCACAUCCUGAGCUCCGAGGAUGAGGACUCCCCGGCGGAGGAGGUGACCUAUUCCAUCCAGCCCCCGGCCAACGGGAAGGUUGUGCUGAGGUCAGCACCUGGCGCUGAGGUCCGGCGGUUCACCCAGGCCCAGAUAAACAAUGGCCUCAUCCUCUUCAUGCACCAAGGUAGGGCAGGGCAGAUGCUAACCCCAUCACACAGCACCCUGAUCCAAACCAUGCCAAGUUUAAUGGGGGGCUGCAGCCCCCCAUAAAUGCCCAGCUCUGUGCUUUCCACAGGGCCCCUGGAUGGAGGCUUCGCCUUUGACCUAUGGGAUGGUGAGAACCUGUCUCCUGGGCACUUCUUCCUUGUCAGAGCCCAGAGGGAGCCCCUCAUCAGCCUGGCCAAGAAGCAGAGCCUCACUGUCUGCCCAGGUUCCCUCCAGCCCAUCACCAGCCAGAACCUGCAAGCAGUGAGCAACAGCCCCACCGGCUCCACCACCCUGUACUACAGCAUCGAGCAAGCCCCACGCCUGGGCAGGCUGGGCACCUCCCAGGGGGAGGAAAUCAGGAACUUCACCCAAGCCCAGGUGGACAGCGGGUUGAUUUUCUACCAGCAUGAGAUGCCAGAGAAGCCUUUCUGGCUCACCCAAGAUGCCAUCCGCUUCCGUGUGGUAGCUCCCACAACCAUCUCAGACUCCUUCAUCCUCCUUGUGCUGAUCUCCUUCGAGGCCAGCUGUCCCCAGCGCUCAACUCAGCUGUGGAGAAAUGCAGGUCUACAGCUUGCAAGGGCUCAACAGGCUGAGAUCAGCACCUCAGUACUGGAUGCCUCCAACCUCCUCAGCCAAAUCCCAGUCUCCGAGAGGGCUGCGUACAAUGCGGUCUUCCUGGUGACGGAGCUACCGGCUCAUGGGCAGCUCUUGGUGGCUGGUAUGCCCCUGGAGCGGUCACAGCCGUUCUUCCUGCAGUCAGACCUGGCUGCGGGGCGCCUGAUGUAUUCCCAUGGUGGGGAUGGCAUCUCUGAAGACCAUUUCAGAUUCAAGGCUUGGCUCCGGCCCCAAGCGCAGCAGUCCCUCCGUCCUCCACAGGAAGGGGUGGUCUUUUUUCCCGGCAGCAGCAGCAAGCCGCUGCAGGUGGUGACACGGCGGGGAGUGCUGCGGGUCUCAUCGGGCUCGGUGGUGACCUUGUCCCAGGAGUACCUGGAUGUGGCAGACCCGUCGGGGUCCCCCGAGGAGAUGCUGUACAGCAUCCUCCAGAGACCUCUUGCUGGCCACCUGGCCAACGCACACAACCCACAGGAGCCCAUCAGCCGCUUCACCCAAGCGGAUGUCAAUGCAGGCCACGUGGUGUUUGUUGCCACCACUAGCCGUGCCCCUGAGUCAUUAGCCCUAAGCCUCUCCGAUGGCCACCACCCCCCCACCCUGGCCUCACUGGAGAUCGAGGUGCUGCCUGCGGUGAGCACUGCUGCCAGCCCGGUGCUGCUGGAGGUGCCGCAAGACCUGAACAGGGCCUCCAUGUCCCGCCAUCACCUCCUGGGAGCUGCACAGCCAGGGCCAGGCAAUGCCCAGUACAGGAUCACCCGGGACCCAAGGUUUGGCCAAGUGCAGGUCAACCAAAAGACGGCACGAGGCUUCUCGCAGAAGCAGCUGGACCGCGGGGAGGUGACGUUCACCUUCACUGACCUCACCUCACCCAAGGAUGACUUCCAGUUCCUCGUCAUGUCACGAGCAGCAAACAGGACCGGGGUGGUGAACGUGACCGUCCGCGCCUUGGUGAAGGCUCGGCCAGGCAGCGUAUGGCCCAGGGGCACCACAGCUCUCCUGGACACCAGUGUCCUUGAUGCCAGUGAGCUGGCCAACCGCACCAAGAGCGUCCCAGUCUUCAAGAUCUGCAGGGCGCCACGUGCCAGCCAUCUUGUGAGGGUCUCCAGGGAGCCAGGACAACCCGCCACCACGACUGAGACCUUCAGCCAGAGUGAGCUGGAACAAGGGCUGAUUGGGCUGGAGGUGCUGGAUGCUGGGGAGACAGACCAGCCCCUGCAGAGCGACAGCUUUAUCUUUGAGCUGGCAGCUGCUGGUGUGCCACCAGCACUAGCAUCCCUGGGGUACAGCGUCGAGCCCUACAAUGCCUCGAAAGCCUAUGGUGUCACCCUGCUCACAGCCCCCCUGGCACCCUCAUCCCCAGCGCCCCAGGGCACAGCAUGGAGCAGCCCCAACACCAGCGAGCUAGGCAUGCCUGCCACUGCCUGGCUGGGCCCCAGUGCUACCACCAGCCCCAGCCCCAUGGAGGGAGGCACCUUCCUCAGCUUCAUCGAGGCCAACAUGUUCAGCAUCAUUAUCCCCAUCUGCCUUAUCCUCCUCCUGCUGGCUCUCAUCCUGCCCCUGCUCUUCUACCUGCACAAGCGCAACAAGACUGGGAAGCACCAUGUCCAGGGCACCCCCUCCUCCAAGGCCAAGAAUGGGGCCGUGCCAGACCAGGAGACCUUCCGGAGGACGGACCCCAACCAAGGCAUCCCCCUAACGACUGUCAAUGCCCUGGAGGGCAAGGGCAUGGGUCCCCCACCCCAGGGCGGGGGUCCUGGGGCACCACCAGACCCUGAGCUCCUCCAGUACUGCCGGACUUCCAACCCCCCCUUGAAAAACAACCAGUACUGGGUGUGA